GUGGGCGCGGCGUCCGGGUGGCGCUCGCCACUCGGGCGGUGGCGCGGACGCCCGGGGCAGGCUCUAGGGUAAUCCGGAGGCGCGUCCCGGGAAAUAGGCAGACAGUAGGGCUGAGGCUGGGACAGUGUGCACGCGGGGCCGCUGGGGCCGCUGUGCCUUGGACUCGUGUGGCGGCUUCGGGGCGCGCUGCCCCUUCGCCAUGUACACCUUCGUGGUGCGCGAUGAGAAUAGCAGCGUCUACGCCGAGGUCUCCCGGCUGCUGCUGGCCACCGGCUACUGGAAGAGGCUGCGGCGGGACAACCCCAGGUUCAACCUGAUGCUAGGGGAGAGGAACCGACUGCCCUUCGGGAGACUAGGUCAUGAGCCUGGGCUGGCACAGCUGGUGAAUUACUACAGGGGGGCGGACAAACUGUGCCGCAAAGCUUCUUUAGUAAAGCUAGUCAAGACCAGUCCGGAGCUGUCUGAGUCCUGCUCAUGGUUCCCCGAGUCCUAUGUGAUUUAUCCCACUAACCUCAAGACGCCAGUCGCUCCAGCUCAGAAUGGCAUCCAGCUUCCGGUCAGUAACUCCAGGACAGACGAGAGAGAAUUCUUCUUGGCCUCUUAUAACAGAAAGAAAGAGGAUGGAGAGGGCAACGUUUGGAUAGCAAAGUCAUCAGCUGGUGCCAAAGGUGAAGGCAUCCUCAUCUCCUCAGAGGCAUCAGAGCUUCUGGAUUUCAUAGACAACCAGGGCCAAGUGCACGUGAUCCAGAAAUACCUGGAGCACCCUCUGCUCCUCGAGCCCGGGCACCGCAAGUUUGACAUUCGAAGCUGGGUCUUGGUUGACCAUCAGUAUAACAUCUACCUCUAUAGAGAGGGUGUGCUUCGAACUGCUUCAGAACCAUAUCAUGUUGAUAAUUUCCAAGAUAAGACCUGCCACCUGACCAAUCACUGCAUUCAGAAAGAGUACUCAAAGAACUAUGGGAAAUACGAAGAAGGGAAUGAAAUGUUCUUUGAAGAGUUCAAUCAGUACCUAACAAGUGCUCUGAACAUUACCUUAGAAAGUAGCAUUUUGCUGCAGAUCAAACACAUAAUAAGGAGCUGCCUCAUGAGCGUGGAGCCCGCCAUCAGCACCAAGCACCUCCCUUACCAGAGCUUCCAGCUCCUCGGCUUUGACUUCAUGGUGGAUGAGGAGCUGAAGGUCUGGCUCAUUGAGGUCAACGGUGCCCCAGCGUGUGCCCAGAAACUCUAUGCAGAACUGUGCCAGGGCAUCGUGGACAUAGCCAUAUCCAGUGUCUUCCCACCCCCGGACACGGAGCAGGCGCCGCAGCAGCCGGCGGCGUUCGUCAAGCUAUGAAGCACCCGAAGGUUCUGCGCCACCUUGGGAAACGUCUGGGGUCCUGCUCCAGAGGAACGAGAGAUGACUGGACUGCUCUUUAUGGAGGCAUGCUGGGAACAGAUGUGCAGGAAGCGUGUGUGAAGAGAAGGCGGCUGUGGAGGAGCAGCUGAGCUGCCCGCAGGGCUGUGGAGACCUUAGGAAGCUGGCACAAGCGACCAAGAGGGAGAGCUGACCACUGAUGGUGUGAUCUGAUCCCUUGUGUGGUUUCUGGCCUCGGGUGGCACUGGGAACAGAGCUCCUCCUUCCUGGGAUGCAGCCCAGGGGCCUCUGAGGGGUGUCUGCCCCCCCGCUGCAGCUUUAGUGCCUUAGUCUGUGCCUGGUGCAGCCUCACCGGACACAGACUGGACCUUAGAGCAUUUUAGAGGUUGCCACGUGUUCCCUGCACACUCCUUCCGCGACACCCUGUCCCGCUGGACUCUGGGCGACUGUGCAGCACAGUCCGUCCUGUGCCCUGGCCUUGUCAGUGACGGCCUCUCGCUUGUCACCAUCCUGGUGGGCUGUGAGUGAGCAGCUGCCAGGGGUCCUGUGGACACCAAAACAGUGUGUGCUGCUCACUGCAUGUUUUAGAAACAAAAGCAGCAGGCCUGAUGAAUCUGCAAGCAUCAAAUAAGCAUGAGAGAGAGAAAAACAAAAGCAAAACCAUGAUAUCUUACUUUACUUAAGGGGAUGGGUGGGUGGGCGGGAGUCUCUGAAGUAUCUCGCGUCUCAGUUAUCUUUGGUUUAACCAGAAUUCUGGAUGCAGCGUUGCAAUUUCUCCUCCCCCCGCUGCCGCCAUCUUUGAACCUUUGUAGCCAUCCUUUCUGGGAGUCAGGGAAGGUAGGAUCCUUUUCCUCACUCUCCUCACCUCAUAGCUCCCCCCAUGCCUGUCCACCUUGGCUCCCAAGGCCCUUUGGAGGAGGUGGAGGGCCAGGUUCCCUUACAGAGAGGGCCCUGUCUGCUUAUGCAUGUAGGCAACAGGAGAGACACCCGCUCAAUGAGGGUGUACCUGCCUGAGUGAGAAAGAGGUAUUUUUGGAGCUCUGCACAGCUUCUUGUGUCAACAAAAGUGUACCAUGCAAUGUUGUUUCUGGGUCAUGGGUCCAUUCAUAUUUUAUAGGCUUCUUGGGAGCCCGCUUCCGUGAUGGUGGUAGUGGUGGGGAGAAUCAUGUGUAUUCGGGGUGAGCAUGUAAACAGGCUCUUCUGAAGAGUUUCCUGAUAACCACAGCAGACGCGGCGAAGCUGCCCCUCUCCCCAGAGCGCAGUGUGUUCUUUCCUGGUGUAACCAUGAGCUCCUUCACUUACAUGUACUUAGUACAUUCUACAGUCGAGCGAAAUGUCUACUGAAGGCCUGCUGAAGUGUCUCUUCCUCAGACAGGGUGAGGUGUGGCAACGUGCAGUGAGGAAAGGAAAGAUGAGACUGCGACUAUUUAUUAUGUGUAGCAGUGGUUGGCAGGAUGUGACAGUACUUACUGAAGCAAGGAAAGUCCCAACUCACGGGAGCCUGGAGUUAUAGGGUAAAGGUGCCACAGUACCUAGAAUGUGGGGAACAGAGUCGGCACCGAGAGCAAAGUAAAACAUUCAGUUUGAAAUCAGUUCUUGAGGCCCAGCACGGCCAGCCGAUGGCUGCGGGCUGAGGAUCUUCUGAGAAGGCAGUGUGCACACUCACUUAGAAAGUGGGCGAGUGCUGGGUCCUUGGCUAGCCUAGGUUCUUGGAGCCAAAUCACAGGGACAUUCGAGAGUGUUUAGCUGUUAUGGAGCUGGAAAAUAAGCCUAAACAAAUCCGUACCAUCUGUAUAAAGGAAGUCAGGUAUUACAAAGUGGGAAGGCUGAGUUCAUUCCUCAGGUAGCUUCAACCAUUUUUAUGCAUUUACUUCCCACCAAGUAGGAAGAUCGGCUCUGAACUGUUUCGUGCGGUUCCGUGGUGUCCCUGGCACAGAUGGUCAUGCCUGGCCUCCCAGUCACUCUUCAUGGUCAGGUGGCACGAGUGCUGCCCAUCGCCAGGGGAGGAGGGGUUGUUUGGAGAUGCCAAUUCCACCCAUGGCUCUGUCAUUAGACUGCACAAUGUCACACAAGCCAAAUAACCUCCGCUGUGCCUUAAUGUCUCAUGGAGGAGACAUUACCUGACCCAGGGACUACCUCCAGGGGGUUUUGUGAGAACGAAAGAGAGUAAGCGGAAGACUCAAGGGCCUUUGGUACCAAGGUUCUCAAUGCCGACUGCAAGCUACACUCUCUGUGAAGUUAACGCAGUUGAUAGCCCUUCCCACCUGUGGCCAUUGAAUCAGAACCUCAGGUAACGAUGUGUCUUGAGGUGCCUUGAACCAUUACUUUGGGAGGGAGGACAAACACAUUGUUAUCUUGGAAGAAUCACUUAAGGAUUAGGAUAAAAAAAAUACUCUUUGAAGCAAGCAAUUUUGUAAGAAUAAUCAAAUGCUGAUAUGUGUAUUCAUAGCAUAAGUAUUAUCCAAGCAGUUUCUCAAUUUGCUUCUCAUCCAAGCAUCCGGAAAAUCAAACAUGCGUUCAUUUACCUAAAGCAGUAUAUCAAGUCCAUGAUAGCAAAUGUGCACAGACAUGAAUCUAUAAAUCUAAUGAUAUAUAUUCGAGUUAUCCAUUAAUUGUGGGAGAAAAGCCCCUCCCCUCACACUUGACUUCAAUGGCUAUUAUAAAGUCCAUUUUGCCAAGAAUAUGUAAGUGCCUCUGUGUUGUGAGAUAGCAUGGAGCGGGCGUGCGUGUGCACCCCGGCUGACAGUGUACUUCAGUAGCUCUGUGGAAUGACACAUGCACAGGACACUGAGGACUGCUGGAAAUGGUGAUCCACAGAGCCAGCCAGUGAGAGUGACGCUGUAAGGUGUUCUUAUGAACAACUGUGGUUGUGUUCAUGGGUGAACUCAGCCCUGGCACCAGCGUGGCAGGGAGGGGAUCCAUGAACAAAAUGGCAAGGUGCCAAAGCAGGUUGCCUGUGGGUUGUGGGUGCUGGCGUGAGGAUUCAGUGGCUGAUGUAUGUGCCUCCAAUCCUGGACAGAGCCUGCACCGAAGAGGAAAUUUCUGAAAUAAGGCAACUAUAUGAAUGUUUUAAAUGCCUGGAGCAUUAAAGAUAUUUCAAGUGUU